AUGGAUUGUUGCGCAAGGCAUCCUGCCGUACAAGAAAUACCCCUGGGGGACCCCCGUUUGGAAUUUAAGGGCCUGGAUUCUGGGUUUUCCCAAAUUUUUUUGCCCAAGAUCCGCCGCAAAUGGUUCUCAUUGCUUGAAAUGGCAAAAAGCAAAGCUUCUAAGGCUCAAUCACAACGGCACCAAAGGGAGAAACAUGUGGCCAAAGCCAUGAAAUUGGCCAUCCAAUCCCAAAAAGCCAAACAAAAGAAGAAACCCAACCCCGCCUCUGAGAUUUCAUCAAUUGAUAUCAAACUGGUUCCAACUGUUCUUGCCAUAUCUGAUAUGGAAGACAAUCUGGCUCUGUUCAAUUCAGGAAGCAAAGAAAAUCCAGUCCUCCUCUCAGAUGAACAAAGCUUUUCCUUCCAUGCAAACAAAAUUGAAGAGAUUGAUCAAAACAACCAAGUAAUGCAUUUCAUAGCUGCCUUGCAUGAUUUGCCUGAAGAUGAAUCCCUUGAAUUUAGCAAUCAAUACCUGGAUUUGCUAUGGCCUGUAUUCCAAAAAUUUGCAUCAACAGCAGAAAAUAUCCCAGCAAAGCUUAUCCUGAAGUUGGGCACCAGAUGUUAUCAACAACCGGUUCUGAACCCCAACUCUAUGAGGAAAAAACUAGUCCCUCAACCCCUUCCAAGGACAACUAAACACAACCGCAAAGUUUAA